AUGACGUUGAAUGUCAGCAGCAGGAGGUCUGCACCGGCUGAUUGCGAACCAUACGAAGGACACCCUGGCCUACGUUGUGGGGUAGACAUUUCGCUUUUGCCAUGGCUGUCGGUUAGCUCAGUCUCCUCCUGGUUCGCAUCCGCGAAGCCAGCAGGGGUGCUGCUCUCGAGCUUGGCACUGGACCCCACGCUGACCUUGCCGAUUCUGGCAGGGCUUGGCCUCGUGGGUGCGUCAUUCUUCGCGCUGAAUCAGGUGGCUGCGGAAAAUGACGACAGCGCUCAGGCCAGUCCCAUCAAGAGAAAGCUGGACGUCACCCAGCAAAGAUGCAGCAAGCGUCAGAAGGCGAUUAUUCUACUCGAUGAGCUAGGGCAGCUCACCAUGAUCGGUUCCGGGGCCUGUGGAAUGCUGCAACGAGGAGUGCUGUGCGGCCGUGAGGUGGCAGUGAAGCGACUUCGCGAGACCGAUGAGAAGUCGCUUCAAGAACUUCAACGGGAGGUCGCAGCGCUUCGUUGUUUGCAACACUCGUGCGUGGUCGCCUUUGUCGGCGAGUGCAGGUACGGCGUCAUCACAGAGUUGAUGCCGAAGGGCUCACUGUCCCAUCACCUGCAUGAGGCCAAAACAUUUAUGCGGCUGAUGCUUCGGGCGAAGAUCGCAGAGCAGGUGUGCGCAGGCGUAGAAUACCUUCAUUCACAUUCUCCCCGGAUCGUUCAUGGGGACUUGAAGCCGGCAAACGUCGUUCUGGACAACAUGUACAAUGCCAAGCUGUGCGAUUUUGGGACGUCUCAGUUCAUGGUCGACGACUUCAUCGAGCCAUGCGGAGGCACCCUUCCGUAUUUGGCGCCAGAAAGUGCCCCCGUGUUUCGUGGAGAGACGGUGAAGGUGACAGAGAAGGCGGAUGUGUGGUCGCUGGGCUGCGUGCUCAAUGAAGCACUCGGGGGGCCACGGCCGCAUGCCGAGUGCCGAAACCCGGAGCAGCUCAUCGCCAAGGUGGUUGAGCGACGGCUGCCCCCAAGACUCCCAGAGUUCCUUCCGGCGCGAACGGUCGUCUGCCAGUGCCUCAUCGUGGAUGCAUUGUCCAGGGCUGGGGCCCGCACUGUGCUUUCCGGCAUCCGCCGCUGGGACUUUACAGGCGACGGUGCAAGGGCGCUUCGGCGAGGUGCCCGGCAGCCUGGACGAAGCCGUUGA